GAAAAGCGUAUUUUUGCUAGCAGACUCAGUCAGACCAGCGACUUUUCCAGUGGCGACUGGCCCAGGGGAGAAUCAUGAGAGAACGUGACAUGACGUCUUUGGCGACGAUUGACACAAGCGCCUCAGUGUAUCAGCCGGCACAACUUCUUAACUGGGUGUACCUUACCCUUGCGGACUCCCACCCUUCUAAUGUUCAAACUGGGCAGUCCCUGUACUCCGAUCCCUGGUCAGCUAACCAGGUAUCAACCCAGGCUGUAUCUUCCGUGAACACAGUCAGCUCCCUACUUCAGAAAACUGGGGGGACGCAGAAUCUGUAUGGUCUCAACGUACACACAGAGCAGCACCCCUGGUCCAGUCCAGCACUCACCUCCCAGCCGGCUCUAGCCACCAACAUCAACAGCACUAACCACUACCAGAAUGGCAGCUUAUCAGGACUGUCAACGACGUCACCUUAUGGGAGUAUACAGGAUCUGGCCGACCACUUCAGCGACCUGUCUCUGUCCAUGGAACGCAAGCCCAGCAAACGUCCCCCCUCCUCCUACCUGUGCCACCUGUGCUUCAACAAGGGCCACUACAUCAAGGACUGCCCCCAGGUAGGGAAGGCCCGACCAAAAGGUGAAGGUCUCACACCCUACCAGGGCAAGAAGCGAUGUUUCGGUGAGUACAAGUGCCCAAAGUGCAAGCGCAAGUGGAUGAGUGGGAACAGUUGGGCCAACAUGGGACAGGAGUGCAUCAAGUGUCACAUCAACGUCUACCCUCACAAACAGCGACCCUAUGAAUUCUUGGAGAAGCGUCCACUGGAAAAGCCGGAUGGCCUGGAUGUUUCCGACCAGAGCAAGGUCCACCCGCAACACCUGUGUGAGAAGUGCAAGAUGCUCGGCUACUACUGCCGACGGAUGAACUAACUCGGGCAGCGUCCGUGACGGCGACAUCAUCUGCAACUAUGGUGCUACGGAGACUUGCAUGACCUGCUUAUGUGUGUGGUGCCUUUCCGCGUGCCUUAUCUCUGCUUCUUGACCAGGUUUAUUGUGAUUUACAAAUGCCAACCUCGGCAGACAUGUUUGAAGUUUUCUGGUUAACUUUCGGCAGAGAACUGCUUUCUAUGCAACCGAUAGUGCUCAAGCUGUUAGUCUCUUCACAAAAGUGGAAAAUUAUCCUCACUUAUUCACAAGUGGAUUUGAUUAUGCAAUAUAGUUAUGUUAUGUGCCAAAUUUAUUCAGGUAUUUUAUUCUGUGUACGGUUACACUUUUAAAACCACAUUUUUCUAAUAUUGACAUACAAUAUUUGCACUCCAAUGUAUCUGAGGGAUUUUUAUUGUAAGAAUGGAGGUUUGGAGUGAUGCUUUGAAGGACCAGUCCUGGAGGGAGACAUGAUUUUCUCAUCCAUGUUGGUGAGAGUCAUAUUUCCCACUCGGUAUAAUACAUUCUACCACUGACCAAAAGUCCGCUUUGAUCUGUACAUUUCUGAAUUUUUGUUCGUUUUGGGGGUUGUCACUGAAAUAUUCACUGACUUCCAGGUACGUAUACUUUGUAUAUAUUUGUGCAUUAUCCCUUGCUAAGCAGAAACUGUUUGAAGAAACUGUGUGUAUAAUUUUGUUCCAAGUUACUAAGAUCCAUGGAAUGAGCUUCUUAAGCACACAUGGUCAAAUGUUCUUAAAUUCCAUCCACAGACAGGAUAUGGAGUUGAUUUUUAAAAGAAUUGUUACUCAUUGUCAGCCAUAAGAAGAGACAUCUUCUGUGUAUUUCGCAUCAUAAUAAUCAUCAUGUGUUUUGUAUAAUUUGGUUAAUCAUGGUGCAAUCUUCUAAGAAGCGCCGUUUAGUUCCAUCAGUUUUGUGUUUAGCUGCGUGUACUCUUAGUCAUUAUUAAUGACUGUUAACUGUAUCAUUUGUGGAUUCACCUUCUAUUGAAAUCUUUUAGAUGUAUUGAAGAUCAAAUGUUGUAGCUCUUUUGCUGUGGAAUCAAGGCCGAUAAGAUGCAAUAUGCUUGCACUUUAGAGUAGAGUCUGUACUACUAUAUUCAAGAUUGAUUGAACCUGACUGAAUCUUACUACGAAGAAGGUUCGUCUACAUGGUAUCCAUAUCCAUUUUAACUGUAACCCUGACAACCUGAUAUAUUCACAGCCUUUUAAUAAAUUAUUAAAGAAUCCUACCUUUUGGGUAACAAACCUUUUGAGGAUGGAGUUGUUUGAAUGCCUGUGAUUUUGCAGUCAUAUUACAUAUCUUAGAAUAUAUAUAAUCUGUAUAUCUGUCUUUAUAAAUUAUGUCAAGUUCAAUCAAUUGGUUCCAUAUAUUUAAGUAUUUCAUACCCUAGAUGUUGAUGUUUGCAGAAUAAUGCAAAGCCCGAGGGGCUUACCUUAGCUCAAGACUUUUGAGGCUGUAGAUUUUGAACUAUCAUUAUUUAACCCUGGUGUUUAUGUGUAUAAUUUUGGUUUGGCUUAUAGAGGUAGUUGUUCCUCUCAGUUACGUUGUUUCACUGUAUAUCUUGUAGCUUUUUGUUUUAUUGAUCUGGUUGUCUGCACGUGAUAUAAGGGAUGCUGUUAAGGGAUGUAUUGCCAUGGCGAUACAGCAAUUUAUAGGAGUCAUCAUGAAAAAAAUCACUCUGAUAAUUUGAUGUGAAUUUGUAUAUUAUUUAAAUUUUUAUAAAACUAAUAAUGAAUUACUCUUUUUUAAAGGUGCAAAAAGCAAAAAAGUUUCUAUUUUACACAAUCAAAACAAACAUUUAUAUUUUCAAUUUGCAAAGAAAUUAGUAUUAUUUUACAAAAUGAAACUUGGUUGCCUUUGUAUUAGAGACAAAAUAUUACUGAUGUAAAUGGUAGUUGUUAGGGUGUUAGUGUGGUAUGUCUGGCACCUAUGGCAUUGCAUCCCUGACAAUGUUAGGUCAUAGCAUGACUGUUAUCCCAAUGAAAAUGGCUCAAUUAGCAUUACUGAGUCUUGGACUAGAGUAUCAUUUUUAUAAGACAUUUCAUAUCAGUUUACGUUUGUCAUUGAUAAUAAAUUUGCUGUUAUUUUAUGUUCAUCCUUUUCUUGAAGGCUGCUUAAGAUAUCUCUGUUCUUGUAUUUUGUAAUCGUAAUAUGCCAAUAUUUUUAACUGGAGUAUUUUUACAAGUUAAAAAAUAAAUCAAGAUAAAUUCAAAAUACAAGAUAGAGUUAUCUUGCCUUUCACUUGGUCCUCUGCAUUCCUGACAUUGAUGUAAGCAUUAAGUGUUUUAUGCUUGUUCUGUGUGUCCUGAUUGGACAAAGGUGGAUGGAUUAAGAUAUGGGUCAUGACAUUGUCAUAGGAACCAGGCUUUUCUUCAAGUAUUCAUUAAGAAUUGCUCAUAUUCCUGCCCCACCAGUCUAGAACCAACUGUUCUCUUGAUGUUCUAAACAUACUAUAUUAAGCUGAGUAAUGAAAUAGUAAGACAAUAUGCCUGAGAACAUGUUAAUGACAUCGGUGUUGUGUGACGUGCCACCAUCUUGACUGCUGUAUUGUGGGUGAUUCGAUCCGGUAUGAAUGACAUGAAUGUGUUGGAGGUGUGUGCUUUCUAUUGGUGCUGUUGAUGUGAACUGUGUGAUAGGGGCGUGGCUUUCAUCCACAUGUGCAUGAGUUUGUAAACUCUUUCAAUAAAAUGUGUUUGCUGUGAA